AUGGUUGUGUAUUCAUCGAAUGAGUUGGUGUGGUGUAGGGUUUUCUCUCUUUCGUUGAAAGAGGAGGCGUUAGACUGGUUCCAUUCGCUCCCACCGGGAACGAUAGACAGUUUCGUCACGUUGAGACAACUGUUUAUCCAACAGUACGCGUCGAGUAAGGCUCCAGGUUUGACAUAUACGACGUUAGUAAGGAUGAAGCAAGGGAGGGAGGAAUCCCUUAAGAUGUUUAUGGAUCGGUUUAAUCGAACGGCUCGACAAGUAAGAAAUGCAGAUCAGAGGCUGAUUGUAAGUGUGUUGACAACAACUUUGAGAUCGGGUCCAUUUGUUGAUUAUUUGUAUGCAGAAGAACCUCAAACAAUGGAUGAGCUGCAAAACAGGUUGGCAAGUUUUAUUCGUGUCGAAGAAGGCAUAGCUCAUCAACGGGGGAGAGAGGAAAUGGAGCCGUUAAUCCGAAGGGGAAGAGACAGGAAUGUUAGACAAUCAUUCGGGAGAAAUGAGAGGAGAAGCAAUCAUCGAGGUGGAGAUCAACCUAGGAUUCCAAAAUAUGUUCAUCAUACUCCAUUGAAUGCUCCCCGGGUUAGAGUUGUGGAAGAAGCGUUAAGAGCUAAUUUGCUGGUAGCGGUCUAA